UCUCUGACCAUCGAGAUAUCGGCAAAACAGACAAAACAAGGAGGAUUACUGUGUGUGAUAGGCAAAUUAUUUAUUUGCGAAAGUGGAAACCGUCAUGAAGUUAUUUAGGUGUUUAGUGCCAGUAGUGGUGCUGCUAUUGAUUAAGAACUCCUCCGCGAGACCUGGUGUAUUAGGCGAUUUGAUCGGUCAGAACGUUGGUAGAUUGCUGGACCCAUUGGGAAUAUUCAGGCCUAAAAGUAGCAAUGCCGCUGCUAGCAGUAAUGCUCAGGCAUUGGGAGGAAACGUGAAUUUCGGACCUAUCGGUAUCGGUGGUGGAUACUCCUCAGCUACGGCUGAAGCGUCGGCGAAUAGCGGCGGUGGCUCAGCUUCGGCUUCAGCCAAAGCUGAUGCUCAUGCUAACGGAUAUGGAGGAUACGGUGGUUCGAACGCGAAUGCGCAAGCAUCCGCUAAUGCUAAUGCACAAGGUUCUUCGGGAAAUCCUGGGGGGUAUGCUGGGGGCAAUAAUGGUGGAUAUAGCGGUUAUUACCCUGACGUUUCUCAUCAAGUCAGUCAACCGAAUUACGGAAGUUAUGGUGGCUCUCAGUCCAGUGCUAACGCUAACGCGAACGCGAAUGCCAAUGCCAAUGGCGGAGGAUAUUCUGUUCGUCCCUCUUAUUAUCCUUCUAGACCCCAAGUCAUCGGCAACGCUAACACUAAUGCUAACGCAAAUGCGAACGCGGGUGCUAACGUCUUAGGUAGUGGCGGCGUGAAUGUGAUUCCCAACAAGUAUCCUAGCAGAGGAAUAGAUAAAAUAGAAGUAAUUCCCGUAAACACACUGCCGCUUUCUCAACCAACUUCGCCUGUCCAUUCGAUACCUCACCGGCCACCUGGAACUAAUAAGGGAAAUGUGAUUGUCGUUGUCGAGGAAUCCCCGCAAUAUCCACCGUAUCAUCGUCCGAGUCCACCACCCCACCGCCACCAUCACUACCGUCAACCGCAUUAUAAUAAACCAAAACAGCAGCCCAUCGAGGUCAUCAUCAUUGAGGAGCCAAGGCCUAAUCCAGCUGGUGGCGGAAAUGGCGGUAUUCAAGGAACUCAUCCUGGAUAUAAAGACAAUCCGUUUUUAUCCAAUGGCGCUGGAUCAAAUGCUAAUGCUAAUGCUCAUGCUAAUGCUAACGCUCAAGCAGGUGCGAGUGCAAACGGCGAAAGUGGACACAAUUAUCAACAAAGUGGAUAUCAGCAAGGUGGAUAUCAGCAAGGUGGAUAUCAGCAAGGUGGACAUCAACAAAGUGGACAUCAACAAAGUGAAUAUCAACAAAGUGAAUAUCAACAAGGCGGACAUCAAGGCGGAUAUCAAUCAGGAGGAUAUCAACAAGGCGGACAUCAACAAGGUGGCAGUUACCCAGUAGAAUCAUCAGGACACAAAAAUCCAAUUGGCGAUAGUAAUCCCUUUCUGUAUCCCAGUGGGCAAUCCAGUAGCAACGUCGGUGCUAAUGCUAACGCAAAUGCUGGAGCUGGUGCUAUUGCCGGAGAACAACCGAUAGGUACCAAUAAUCCGUUUCUUAAUGGUGGCGUAUCCCAAAAUGUCGGAGGAGGAGGAAACUAUCCAGGAAGUUCGAGCGUUUUGAGUGAUAAACCCAAAGGGGGGAGCAUUUCUACCACUUAUCCGGGACAAUCAUCCGGAGGAUUUCCUGGCUCAUUCGGAUCAUCUGGUGCUAACGCUAAUGCUAAUGCUAACGCUGGUGCCAGUAGCACUGGAGGAUCUGGUGGACAUGGACCCAUUUUCGGAGGAUCCGGAGGUCACGGAGGAUCCUCCGGAUACGGUGGGGGCUCUUUCGGUAGUCAAGAUAGUGGAUUUGGAACCAAUGGUGCAAAUAUUCACGGUGGACAUGCUGGAGGUUCUUCCGGAGCCAAUGCUGGCGCUAACGCCAAUGCCAAUGCCGGCGCUGGAGCCGGUAGUGUUGGAGGAGGUCCGAUCAAACAAAAUCCAAUAGUUAGCUCUGGCGGACACGGUGGCGGAUCUUCGGGAAUUCUUGGUGGUUACGGAUCUAGUCCAAACUUGGAUGGAUUUGGAGGACAAGUCGGUGGUUCAUCUGGUGCUAACGCUAAUGCUAAUACUAACGCUGGUGCCAGUAGCACUGGAGGAUCUGGUGGACAUGGACCCAUUUUCGGAGGAUCCGGAGGUCACGGAGGAUCCUCCGGAUACGGUGGGGGCUCUUUCGGUAGUCAAGAUAGUGGAUUUGGAACCAAUGGUGCAAAUAUUCACGGUGGACAUGCUGGAGGUUCUUCCGGAGCCAACGCUAAUGCCAACGCUAAUGCCAAUGCCAAUGCCGGAGCCGCCGGAACUAUUCAUGGAACUAUCCCCGGAGGAUCUGGUGGCUUACUCAGUGGCCACAGUAGUGGUGGAUGUGCACAAUGUGGCUCUUCCGGUCUGAAUCUCGGUGGAUAUGGCGGUGGUUCUUCUGGUGCUAAUGCCAAUAGUAACGCCAAUGCUAACGCUGGAAGUUUCGGUGGUGGCUCUGGUGGUUACGGAAACGAUGUUAAAGGAACAGGACAUGCCGGAGGACAUGGUGGUCAAAGCGGAUUCGAUAAUCAAGGCGGAUUCGGCGGAUCAGUCGGAGGAGGCUCAAACGCUAACGCACAGGCGUCUUCUAAUGCAAUUGCGUCCGGCGGUGGAUCGGCAUCAGCAAACAGCAAAUCGUCAGCCCUCGUUAACGGAUCAGGAUCCGCAAAAGCCGACGCGUCCAGCAGUGCGUCUUCAGGAUCUUAUGGUGAAAUAGGACCGAAAAGUUCAGCGUCAAGCCAAGCAUCAGCUUCAGCCGAUACCAGAGAUAUGCUGAUCUUUAAUUAAAUAUUGUGAUAUAACGAAACGAAUCGACGAGAAAACUCGAAAGAGUCUUCUUGGCCAUAAUAGCGAUAUAAUACUCCGAUUUAUAUUUUGAUGUUCCACGAACAAACUUACGCGGUACGAAUAUUAUAUUGUUUAAUUUUGCGAUAAGAAUUUAAGAUUAAUUAUUGAAAAAUUAGAAGUAUGCAUACCAUAAAACUGUCUAUUAAUAAAUACGUUUAAAUUUAUAAUCACGAAUUAUAAAUUUGAACGUAUUCUUAGAAAUUGUGAUUGUAAAUUGGAGAUUUGACGUCGAAAAUAAGUUCAGUUUUUAAAAUAGAUAAACAGUCUUGAGCAUUUAUAGUAUUAGAAAACGUGUAAGGACAACUAUUUAUUUAUAUUGCAAAUUGUGUUGAAGGCAGAUCGAAUAUUGUUUCUCUCAAUGUAAUGAAAUGUGUAAGAUAAAAAUUAUGAUAUCAGAACUUAAGAUAAAAAGUUCUUUGACUCACAGAAAUAUAAUUAUAAAUUUAUAGACAAAUUCGUUUUCAGUUAAUUA